AAGAAAAUAAAAUUAUAGAAAAACAAUGAGUCGUGGAAUGUUUAAUGAUAUUAAAAAGGAAGUUUUUUUUCCCCUUGAGACAGCGCUUUAAAAAAGCUCAGCUGGCUGUGAAGAAAAUUACAAGUAGUUCAUGGAGAAUCUGUUAUUGUCGGCGGUGGUUGUGUUGGUUUCGUGCGUCUGUGGUGGGCUGUUGCUGCUGUUCCGGCGGCACCGGGCGCAGUUCGCGUACCGGAACAUCCCGCCGGGCACCUCCGGCUACCCGAUAUUCGGCGAAAGCCUGGAGAUGGCGGCGACGCGGAAGAAAGGGGAGCCGGAGAAGUUCUUCUUCGACCGCACCGCCAAGUACAAGACGGAGGUUUUCACGACUUCGAUCGUCGGGGAGCCGGCAGCCGCCUUCUGCUCCGCCGCCGGGAACAAGCUUCUGUUCUCCAACGAGGGGAAGCUGGUGACUCCGUGGUGGCCGGAAUCCGCCGCCAAAGUUUUCCCAAGCGCCCCCGGCCCGGCGGAUCAGGAAGCUGUGGAAACCAUCUCGCUCCUCCCUCAGUUCAUCAGACCCGAAGCUCUCAAACGUUACGUGGGCGUUAUGGACUCCAUGGCCCAACUCCACUUCGCUUCCCAUUGGGAUAACAAAUCCCAAAUCCUCGUCGCUCACACUGUCAAAUACUACACGUUCGGGCUGGCGUGUCGGCUGUUCAUGGGGGUCGAGGAUCCGGAGGAGGUGGAGAGGAUCCUAGAGAGGUUCGAGGAGAUCGGGAGGGGGACGAUAUCGGUGCCGAUAGAUUUUCCAGGGACGUUGUUCCGGAAGGGGAUAAAGGCGUCGGAGUUUGUGAGGGGGAAGAUAAUGAAGAUUGUGAAGCAGCGAAAGGCGGAGAUGGCGGAGGGGAAGGCGUCGGGCAACCAAGACAUUCUGUCGCACAUGCUUCAGCUCACCAACGAAGAAGACGCUUCCUCCAAAAUUCUCGGCCUCCUUGUCGGCGGCCAUGACACUACUGUCACUGCUUGCAUUUUCAUUGUCAAGUUCUUGGCCUCUAACCCCCACGUCUACCAAAACGUCUACGAUGAGCAAACGGAGAUAGCAAGAUCAAAGGCAGCGGGAGAGCUGUUGAAUUGGGAAGAUAUCCAAAAGAUGAAGUAUUCAUGGAACGUAAUCUGUGAAGUGCUCAGGCUCACCCCUCCAGUUCAAGGAGCUUUCAGAGUUGCCCUCAAAGACUUUGUAUUCGAUGGCUUCAAUAUUCCUAAGGGCUGGAAGAUACUUUGGAGUGCGACGGCGACACACAGAAGCGCGGCGUACUUCCCGGAGCCGUACAAGUUCGACCCGACGAGGUUCGAAGGGAAAGGGCCGGCGCCGUUCACGUUCGUGCCGUUCGGCGGCGGCCCGCGGAUGUGCCCUGGAAAGGAGUACGCCCGGCUCGAGCUCCUCGUCUUUAUGCACCACCUGGUCACGCGCUUCAGCUUCCAGCUUUGCAUUCCCGACGAAAAAGUCACCUCCAUUUCCAUCUUCACCCCCGUCCACGGCCUCCCCGUCCGCCUCUUCCGCCACGCGCCGCCCAACUAAUCCCACUCUCUCUCUCUCGCCACGUGUUCGUACUGGGGUGAUUUCGUAAUUUCGGUUUUAAUAAAGUUGGGUGUUAUGUCAUGAGCCCUCACGUGCAGCGCACACAUAUGUAUGUGUGUAUAUAUAUAUAUAUAUAUAUAUAUAUAUAUAUAUGUUUUAAUAUGUUGGAUUAUAUUCGAGUGGGCGACUAUGUUUGAAAUCUGUUUUUAUCAGUAAUUUGAACAAUUUGAAAGUUUAAUUAGUUUUGAAUUUUGGUUUUA